AGCAUCAGCAGCAGUGGGUCCUGCAGCGGGAGCAGCAUGAUGCAGACCGGCCUGCUCCUCUUGGCUCUCGCAGCAGUCUGCCACGCCAUCCUCCCUGAGAUAGUGGACUCGGGCAUCAGCCACAUCCUGGAGGAUCACUACGCCUGGGUGCAGCCGGAGCAGGACAGCGUGCUGGUGGAGGUGGAGCAGCUGCCGGAGGACACACAGCUCAAGCCAGAGGAUGCAUUUCAUCAAACAAACAACCAGACAGACAACAACCUUUCUACAAGUCCUCCCACUGUAACAGCCUCCGACCAGGCGAAGGAUGCUGCUUCUGUUCGCUCCUCCUCAGCAGACCAGGAGACAAACAACAUUACCACGGCCGUCCAGCAUGACGAUCUGGAAAACCAUAUCGAUCACGGAUGUAACACACAUGGUGACUGUGGACAGGGAAAGUACUGCCUCGUGGAAACACACAAUUCCAAGUGUCUGCCCUGCAAAGCGACCGAUGUGUCCUGUGCACAGGAUGAGGAGUGCUGCGGUGAGCAGCUGUGUGUCUGGGGUCAGUGCAGCCAGAAUGCCACUAAAGGCGAGGCCGGCAGCACCUGCCAGGUCCAGAGCGACUGCAGCCCGGAGCUCUGCUGUGCUCUCCAUAAAGCCCUGCGUUUCGCGGUCUGCUCGGCCAGGCCCAUCGAACGGGAGCGCUGCUUCGGUGACUCCAACCACCUGAUGGCGCUGUUGUCCUGGGACACCAGAGACGAGGGGCCCAGGAAGCACUGCCCCUGUGCAGGGGAUCUCCACUGUCAGCACCUGGGGCGAGGCUCCAUGUGUCUGAAGGGAGAGGACUCCAGUGAAGAGGACCUGACAGACUCCCUCUACUCAGAGAUAGACUACAUCAUCUAGACACAGCUGGACCUUUCCGACUGGGCUGCGACAAACAGAAAUAUCUUGAAAUAUUUAAACAGA